AUGGGAAAGGAGAAGCUCCACAUCAACAUUGUGGUCAUUGGCCAUGUUGACUCUGGCAAGUCCACUACAACUGGCCACCUUAUCUACAAGUGUGGUGGCAUCGACAAGAGAACCAUCGAGAAGUUUGAGAAGGAAGCUGCCGAGAUGGGUAAGGGAUCCUUUAAGUAUGCCUGGGUGUUGGAUAAGCUGAAGGCGGAGCGGGAGCGUGGUAUCACCAUUGACAUAUCCCUGUGGAAAUUUGAGACCAGCAAGUACUAUGUCACAAUCAUCGAUGCUCCUGGGCAUAGAGACUUCAUCAAAAACAUGAUUACUGGCACCUCCCAGGCAGACUGUGCUGUCCUGAUAGUGGCAGCUGGCGUUGGCGAGUUUGAAGCUGGUAUCUCAAAGAACGGUCAAACCAGAGAGCAUGCGCUCCUGGCCUAUACGCUGGGUGUAAAACAGCUCAUUGUGGGUAUCAAUAAGAUGGACUCCACUGACCCCAAAUAUAGCCAGAAGCGCUAUGAGGAAAUUGUAAAGGAAGUCAGCACUUACAUUAAGAAAAUUGGCUACAACCCUGAAACCGUGGCAUUUGUCCCCAUUUCUGGGUGGAAUGGUGAUAACAUGUUGGAGGCCAGCCCCAAUAUGACUUGGUUUAAGGGCUGGAAGAUCACCCGUAAGGAUGGCAAUGCAUCAGGAACUACUCUCCUAGAAGCUCUGGAUGCCAUCCAGCCCCCAACUCGUCCCACCAAUAAACCACUCCGUCUGCCUCUGCAAGAUGUCUACAAAAUUGGAGGCAUCGGAACUGUACCCGUGGGUCGUGUGGAGACUGGUUUUCUGAAACCAGGGAUGGUGGUAACCUUUGCACCUGUUAAUAUUACUACUGAGGUAAAGUCUGUGGAGAUGCACCAUGAGGCUCUGUCUGAGGCCCUGCCAGGGAACAAUGUGGGCUUCAAUGUCAAAAAUGUCUCGGUGAAGGAUAUCCGCCGUGGGAAUGUCGCUGGGGACAGCAAGAAUGAUCCACCCCAGGAGGCAGCUGGCUUCACUGCUCAAGUGAUCAUCCUGAACCACCCAGGGCAAAUCAGUGCUGGUUAUGCUCCAGUGCUGGACUGCCACACUGCACAUAUCGCCUGCAAGUUUGCUGAGCUCAAGGAGAAGAUUGACCGCCGCUCUGGAAAGAAACUCGAGGACAAUCCCAAGAACCUCAAGUCUGGGGAUGCCGCCAUUGUGGACAUGAUCCCUGGGAAACCUAUGUGUGUGGAGAGCUUCUCCGAGUAUCCACCUCUUGGGCGCUUUGCUGUACGUGACAUGCGUCAGACUGUGGCAGUUGGAGUGAUCAAGGGAGUUGAGAAGAAGGCUCCAACUGGUGGAAAGGUCACCAAGUCUGCUCAGAAGGCCCAGAAGGCCCAAUGA